GGCACACCAGCGUGUCAUAAAUCGUGCACCGUGCACCAUGCGCCGUCAGUUCUGACACAACACGGAUGCGUGCCCCCCAUUCUCUCUUUCCUAGCUCUGCUGCCACCCUGGCGCACUUUCUGUAAAGUAUGUGCCCGCUUGCGUGGAGACGAUUAGCGUGCCUCUGUAGAUAACGCUUCUGUACGUCUUUAUGCAGUGUCGCGUUCGGGCACGAGCACGGUUUAGACCCCCUAGCAGCCCCAAGCCAAACCCCACCGCGGCCCGGACGACCAGCACUGUCUGACGGAAUGGAAGAUCGUCACCAGCCCGACAGCCCGGAUCCGAGCGAGCCGGUGGAGCUCCCGCACAGAACCACCAACUUCUUCAUCGACGACAUUCUCCGGCCGGACUUCGGCUGCAGAAAGGAGCGCCGAGAAGGCAGGACAGUGCAGCAGGCUCGUGCGCUUGGAGACGGACCCACAUUGCCCCGAACUCCGGAUUCUGAGUAUUGCACAGACAGCGUGUCCUCCUCUUCAUCUUCGUCCUCCUCUUCUUCCUCCACGGUUUCCUCACCUCCGUCCAGGGCUGCAGGAGAAGCGGCGGCCACCAAGGAGCGUCAGCCGCUGCUCUGGCCUGCCUGGGUCUACUGCACCAGAUACUCGGACAGACCUUCAUCUGGCCCAAGAACCCGGAAACUGAAGAAGACUAAGAGUCAGGCGGAGGAUAAAAGACCCAGGACGGCGUUCACGGCCGAGCAGCUGCAGAGACUGAAGACGGAGUUUCAGCUGAACCGCUACAUCACCGAGCAGCGCAGACAGGCGCUCGCACACGAACUCAACCUCAACGAGUCCCAGAUUAAGAUCUGGUUUCAGAACAAACGCGCCAAAAUCAAAAAGUCAACCGGCUUCAAGAACACACUGGCGAUGCAGCUGAUGGCACAGGGUCUGUACAACCAUUCCACCACCACCGUCCAGGAGGAGAACAGUGACUGAACUACAGAAAUACAGAGGAGAUCCUGAACCAAUAGCAGCCAUAAAAUAACAUUAAUUAAACAGAAGCCUGGGUUCCAACUGCGUGCUCAUUACUAUUCAGACUUUUUUAUCAGAACAAACGCCUUUAACAUCAAAUCUACAUCAGUGCGUUUCGGUCAGGCGGGUGGGACUUAUUUUUCCGUUUUGAUUUUUCUUUUAUGGCUAUAGUUAUGCCAGUGUCAAGAAACACUAAUCUUUGUGUUAAUGACACACAUUUGGACAGGCCACAGCCUCAUACCAAAGAUUUACCAGAAGAGAAUAUAUGCAGAGCCAUGACGUCAGGUGGAAACUGGAAAAAUGAAACGGAAAAUGGGUGCUUCUGCACAGCAUUUAGUACCUGUGUUAUUAAGUAGUAUGACUAUCACAAAGCACAUUAUUCUACUUGAGAUUUUUGAACAUAUUAUGACAAAAUAAACCCUUUUAUAUAGAAA